AUGAUGUCCCAUCCUAGCACUGGUUUCGCCUUUCAGACCACGUCCGCAAUGGCUACCGUCAGCAGCACCAGCGGAGGAUCCCAAAGGGGAGGCGGUCAUCAUGCUGCAGUCCAGCACACUCCAGGCAACUUGCCAUUGGUGGCUCAACCUGGUCGUUAUGAUAUCCUCUGUGGACGAGGAAAGGUCUGCGUUGACAACGAAGGCAAUCAAUUGUACAGGACUGUCAUCGAGAGUUUUCGUGAUCAGUAUGCCCAAGCACUCACAAAGUAUGACAAGAGUCAAGUGAUCCGAAAUGGAGUUUAUCAGUAUCUGAAGAGCGUCCCCUGUCGCUUCCUCAGGUACAACAAGAAGCAGCAGGCUUGGGAGGAACUCUCUGCUGACAUUAUUCAUGACAAAAUAGGUCACGCACUCCGCUUUGCCAACAGAGAAAAGCGUAAGGGGAGCACGUCUCCACGACCUGCUGAUAGUGAAGCUAUUCUUGGCGCCGUCUGUACAGGCAGCAGUGCAAAGCAAGGAGGUUCUCCACUCCUCCAAUCCAGCUUGCCUCCUUGCAGUAGGAUGGCUCAAGCACCUCAAGCACCUCCCAAGAGUUCCACCAUGGCUGUAGUGCCCCACCCACACCCUUCCAAAGAGGCUCUCCCUGGCGCACUGUGUUAUCUAGGUGGCCACUUCUCCACACAGUCAGCCCCAGCCAUCAUGUCUGCCAGUGACAUCCCUAACGGAACCCCAUUUGGCAGUUCCUUGGCUUCGUGGGCCACCGCGUCCUCUCCCCAAAUAGUGUUUUCCCAUGUCGCUUCGAGCAGUCAAGCUGCUAUUGUUUCCAGCAGUCAAACGACGAUCGCCACCACCACUGCCCAGGCACCAACCGCAUCAACUUCCGUGCAAGCCUCCAGCAACCUUUUCCAGUUCAUUAGCUCUGGUGGUGUGGAUUCAAGAAGUCAUAGGAAACUAGGGGGUGCCGCCACUAGGGCUCUGAAUGCAACGGUUUCGACCCCUUCUGCCCAGCCCAACCAGUCACUCCACGCAGCUCUCCACGCUGAAAAUGUUGGCUCUUUAGUCAACCAGACCAGCAGUGCGAAUGACGCUGUUGAUACAUUGGUCAAUGAGUGGCUGUCUGCCACUGCUAGAGAUAGAGAGCUACUGUGCCCUUCUUUGGGGGCUUUGGACUCAUCAUUUCAUGUGCUGGAGACUCAUGCAGAGACCCACGAAAACAGCGCAGCUACUGUCUUUGAAAGCUCAGGAUUCAUGCCUCCGCAGGAUUCCGUAGGUAGCAACGGCAGUCAGCAACAAUCAAAGACUGAUUUCCAGCAGCACUUUUCGCAGGUCGAGGACAACCCGGGCCUUUUGAGGUUUUCCCAUUGCUCGACGUUUUUGGGGGACAGCGAAAACUAA